GACAAAUCGCAUUGUCUCGUGAACAGUUUCAGAUCGCUCACGAAGGCUUUUUUUUCUGUGCAUUUACAGAGCAACACUACGCAGCGGCUGACUCCAACAGCUCGACGCCGACCAAGUCCUUUGUCCCAUGCAAAGUGUGCGGCGACAAGGCGUCAGGAUACCACUACGGCGUCACGUCCUGCGAAGGAUGCAAGGGUUUCUUUCGACGGAGCAUCCAGAAGCAGAUCGAGUAUCGGUGUUUGCGGGACGGGAAGUGUCUUGUGAUCCGGCUGAACAGAAACAGGUGUCAGUAUUGCCGCUUCAAGAAAUGCCUCGCCGUUGGAAUGUCUCGCGACUCUGUGCGCUACGGGCGAGUCCCCAAGAGGUCCAGGGAGCGGAAUGGAGAAGAAUCAGCUGCCCCUGCGACACGAGUGUCCACUUCGGAUACAGAGCAACCAGACGCAGAGACCAAGAACCUGGCGGUGUACGACGUAAUUCUGACGGUAUCACAGGCCUUCCACGCCAACUGCGGCUACACCGAGGAGCAGACCCGCGGUCUCGUACGAAAACAGCUCCAGGCGAGGCCACCGACGAUAGCAGAGGGCUCAAGUCCCGAGGGUCCAGAAGUAGCAUCCUCCACGGCAGAGUCACUGGAGCAACAGCGGGUAUGGUUGUGGCAGCAGUUUGCAACACAUGUCACUCCGAGCGUCCAGAGGGUGGUCGAGUUUGCCAAAAGAGUGCCAGGUUUCUGUGACCUGAGUCAGGACGACCAGCUGAUCCUCAUCAAAGUUGGCUUCUUCGAAAUCUGGCUGGGUCAUGUGGCACGACUUACAUCAGAUUCCUCACUCACCUUCGCCGAUGGCACCUACAUCACCCGCCAGCAGAUGGACCUCAUGUAUGAUCCAGAGUUUGUGUCAUCACUGUUUCACUUUGCAUCUACGCUAAACGCACUUGCACUAAAUGACACGGAGUUGGGCCUCUUCUCUGCUAUCGUCCUCCUGACCGCGGACCGUCCGGGGGUUACGGACCUCAAGACUAUUGAGCACCAUCAGGAUCGGCUCAUCGACGCCCUUAAAGUGCAGGUGAGUCGCAAUCAUGCAAGUGAGCCCCAGAUGUUGCCCAACCUGCUGGUCAAGUUGCCGGAGCUGAGAAACCUGGGUGCCAAGCACACAGCCCACUUGGACUGGUUCCGCCUCAACUGGGCCAAGCUGAGGCUACCUCCGCUCUUUGCAGAGAUCUUUGACAUUCCUAAGUGUGAGGAGGAUCUACAGUGAGAGGACUGUAGAAGCUGAUGUUCACUAGUUUACCUUCUGGAUACAUCCCCAUUCUGCCGCUGCAACACUUACUGCAUACAACCUUGUGAUUUCCUCCCAAGCACAUUAAGGGGACUUGAAGACUCUGCAAAGGCAUUGGGUGGCCAGUGUGUUCUUUGAAGUUUCUGCUAUAAUUCCACUUCAUGCUUCAUUUGAAUACAGGAGUGCAGAAGCUUUGCUUCUAUUUGGACAAAAUCUGAAUGAAGUAAAAUAUUUUCUAUACUGACGUCACCUACAUUUCAUAGAGAUGAAAAGAUGGGGUAUAUCAUUGGAUAUUCAUUCAGAUUGGGAGCUCCACUCAAGGUUUGUUUCUUUUUGGCAAAGUUAACAGGAUGUCUGACCCAGCCCAGAAGAAAUAUGACAGUUGAGACAGAUGGACAGACAGAUCAGUGGGGGGACAGUGCACAUCUUUAUCUACAUGACAGUGACAACAUGGUAGUGCUCUCUCUGUCUCUGUCUCUCUCUCCCCUUUUCUUGCUCAAUGGUUGUUAAAAAAUAAUGUGCUGAAGAAGAUGUGAAGGUCGCAAUAGAGCUAGUUGUAGCUCCAUUCCACUCGCACCCCUCACAAUCUAUUUUUAUCAUUAUCUUUACAUCUAUAUACAAUAGGCCUAUGUCUAUGAUCCUGGCAAGAUAAUGUAAUAAUAUACCUCCCACAAUGUGAGACAAUGGUUAGUUCUUAAACAUUAAUUUAUUAAUUUACCGUGUUCUUUGCAGACACGUGUUGCUCACGUACUUUGUGCAUGGAAACAUAUCAUAAUAUAUAAAUAAGUAAGAUAGCAAAAUAUUGUGCAUUUCAGGCAUCUGGCAUCUUGACAUCUUAAAGUAAAUAUAAAAUUCCUCCUUAAUAAAUAUAUUAUAAUGUAUAUUCGAUGUUGUGUAGUUGUAAAUAUUUAUUAAAAAUAGAGAUGUUAUAAACUAAUUAUUAUAUUUAUAAAUAUGGAGGUCUUGGGAAAUGUUAGUGGGGGGUUGGGAUGGGAAAGUUAAAGGAAUAAUAUAAAAAGUAUAUAUAAAAAUAAAACUAUCUUUUUGUUAUCAUGGUAAGCUUGAUGUUUGACCAAUCAUAUCAAGACACUUUUUGGAGGACACAGAUUCAAGGCAGCAUGCAGAGACAAGACAACAUCAUGUCAUAACAUUAUUUCUGCUACUUACAUUGCUGCCGUUUGCUUAGUUCUGCAGUGCUAAGCAGAACAAAUCAUAUAAUUCUCAUCACAUAAUGUGUUCAAAGAAGAUAGCCUAUGUCAGCCGUACUGCUACUUCCUACAAAGUAUUAGUAAUAACAAUAGUAACUAUACUUCAUGCAGACGGAGGCACUAGGAGUAGAAUGGAUGAAUGAUAAUAAUAUGAAUACUGCAAGAAGGGAUGGGAAAGAAAUACAAAAUAUAUGAGAGAAAUUGUGUAGAUGCUCCUUCAACCUUUGGUCUUGGUAUAUCCUCUAAGUACAAAACCAUUCUAUCAUACUGGGUUAUAAUAUAAACAAUUAUAAAAUGUACUUCUUACUAACUACAGGAACACUCUAAGCAAUGUUAAUAUCAUGUGUUUGUGUGUGUGGGUGUGUGUGUGUGAGUGCGCGCAUGCAAGAAUGAUCCUUAGUGAAUGGACUAAUUAAUGAAAGCAACAUGAAAAACAACAGAAAUUCACCAACAACAUUAAAAUGAGUCAAUAAUAUUUGUCAUGGCUGCACAUUAAAAUAAGAUAACCAUCCGAAGCAUUAAAGACCAAGCAAGUGGCACAAAAACUUUAAGUUUCAGCUUAUAGUAAGAUAUACUCCCUUCUCUCAUAAAUAACAGGUGCUUUUGCACUAAAGAAUGGACUAUUCCAGAAAAAGUAGUGAAUUUUAGAUAUAAAUGUAGAAAUCAUGUUAUUUCUUUUAGUAACAUUACAACAUUUCCUAGCAGCAACUCCUUUACAGGCUGGCUGAAAAAUUAUCUACGCAAUUUGACAGACUUUUCUGUUGAUGGCAUAAAAAUCUGUUGUAUCAUCCAUUAAAACUAGACAAUGCUCAUAUUUUGCAAACUAUCCAGAACAAUCAUAUAUCUUCAGAACAAAAACAUCCAAAUUUGCAAGUAUGCACCAUUAUCAAAUAUCUUUUUGUAAUACACAAGUUGAGACAAAUACUGUACUUUAAAAUGUAUCUAUAUUAUGAAGUAAUUAUGUUUACUUUAGCCUUAACUCUAUGAAAUGGGCAACUCAGUGGCAACUGAGCUUAGAACCUAUUAAAGAUGUUCAACAUACGUAAAAAAUAAUGCUGUGGGACAUUCCAGUUAAAACUUUGGCACAACUCUCUUCACUAUUUGGUUGUUAAAGAAUUAUUUGUUAUAUUUUCUUCAGAUAUUUUAUAUGGAAAAGUUAUGUUCAAAACUGAUGUCUAUAUGGAUUUAAUAAUUUCUUAUAUAUGUAAUUAACUUAUAAGAAUUUUAAUAAUUCUGAAAGAUUAUACUGCCAGUGAUAUAAACCUGUGUUACUAGAGUGUUACGUUAUCAUUGUACAAAGUGAAAGAAAACUUUAUUUCCUGUACUUAUAGACUGCAGCAGAAGUACUGUUGGACAGUUUGGUAUAAGCAUAUAUGUAGGUAGCCAUUAAAACUACCUGAAAGGAAAAAAAAAUACACCUGCAGUAAUUAUACUAUAUUCCAAAAAAAUACAUUACAUUUUAUUGAAAUGCUUUCAGAAAUUUUGCAAUAUAAUGUUCACUAAUAUAAUGUAUUAAAUAUUAAUGUAAAUUUUGACAGAUUUCAUUUUCAUUUGCAUUGGUCUUUAAAUAUUUAAGAGAAAGCAGUUGUACAGGUGUAUUUCUGAGUUUUUGGUGAGUCCAUAUUUUUCUGUUUAUAAAGAGAUAUGCUUACUUUAUGGUUAGUGAUGAAAUGAUAAGUGAAAUGAUUUGGAAUGCUGUUCAGUUUCCAGCACUUACCAUAUUGUAAAUGCCAAAGGAAGUGCAAGUACAUUAUUUAGUUUGCAGUGGUUAACCCACUGGCUUGCUUUGCUGUUGGACAGAAAACAGUAAACAAGCAAAGGGGUGGAGUGAAAGAAGGCCCCUUGUAAGUAUGGCUACUGCCUUGAGUAGCCAAGCCACCAACCUUUCACUGCCUCAGCUUAUCUCUACAAAGAAAUAUAACAUACAAAACAGAAAAAACAAAACAAAAAAAACAUACAAAAAUGAUAUCUUAUCUCUUUAUGGUUCAGGUUCUAGUAGAUGGGAUGUGAGAUGUUCUUUAAUAAACAUUCUUACUAUAAUGUUGUUAUAACAGAAAUGUUAUUUUUUGUGUGUUUUAUUUUGCACAUAAGACUUUUAUCUGAAUCUUGAUAAUUUGGUUAAAUGUUACUGUACUAUAAUAAUCAUUGUUGAUAAUUCUUAUUUGCUCUAAGUUAUAUUGAAGAAAUGAACACAUGUAUUUGAAUGUUAUACACGAGGUCUACACUAUUUGUGGUAAUAAUUGUUACUGUAUGUUUUUUCUACUGAAGGCUUUGCAAUUUUUGACUUUCGUGCUAUUGAGACAAAUCGAAUUUGAAAGAUAAUUAUAUAAAUCAAAUAUAAGAUGGUUACUAUUCUGUGUUACUUCUAGUAGUGGAUAUAAAAAUGUAUGUUUUUGUUACAUAAGAGAUUCCUUCUAAGUUUCAACGAUAAGCAUUAAUGACUAUUGUAUUAAUGCAAUCAUGACACUUUUGCACUACCCCUAAAACCUGUAAUUGGUGUUGUACUUUUUAAUAUAAAAUGCAUAGCCGAAUUAAAUGGG